CUCUAUCAAAGGAAGUCCUGGAAGCAACCAUCAACAAUAUUCUUCACUUCUCUCAUACUGGCACAUCUUGUAUUGAAUCUACUGUACCUUCCUUUCUCUAUCAUUGCAUUCGCUGCUGGUGAGUGGAUCUUUGGUAGUACUGAUGAGGAAAAAAAAACAACAUGUACUUUCACUUCUUUUCUAUAUUCAUAUACCAUGCGCAUAAUAUUUAUGACACUAGCUGCUAUAUCCUUUGAUCGGUUUCUCUUUAUUGUCAAACCACAUCUUCACAAGCGGUUCAUGAGACCCUGGGUAGCACUGACCCUCACCAUUGCUAUAUGGAUACUGGCUGCUGUAUUGAGCUCUGUCCCAUUUUAUGGAUUAAAUGAAUAUGUUUAUGAUGAUCAGCUCCUUUUAUGUUACCAGCGUCCUAACAGCACGAUCAGUCUCAUCAUCUUUAAUGUUCUAUUUCCAUGUGUUACAACUGCAAUUAUCAUUGUGACAUCAUUAUGGACCUUUUGUUUUGCUAGAAGCUACUUCAAAGCUCAGUCAUUGAUAGCAGGAGAGAGUGUGUAUGCCUCAAAAAAGAAGAGACUCUUUGGAGUAUUUGGAAGUAUGCUACUCAUCUAUGGGAUGGGCAUUGUACCUGGUCUUGUUUUACUUUCUCUGCAGCAUUUUGUUGAUGUACCUCCUGAACUCUUUAUUUCUUUUGUGAUAUUUCUCUUUUUUAUCACAAUAGCCAGUUCUAUUAUCCAGUCAUACUUUAGGCCUGAGAUUAAGAGUGUUCUUGCUUCACGCUGUCCUCUUCUCUUUUAUUGUGCAUGCUGUUAAUUCAUUCAUUAAUGUGUGGUUGUAGCAAUUGAUGUUGGACACUUUUUUGUAUACUGUAGUGUUAAUUUACUUCAAUAAUAAUUUACAACUAAUAACUUAACUUUAAUUUAAUAACCACAUGCACUACUAUUUAAGGAAGAACCCAAUUGUAAUUCA